AUGUUUCUUGUAUUAUUACUUAUCCUGGCAAUUACGUUAUUUUACUUGAUUGGCGUUAAACCUUUGUUGCUUUGGAAGAAUAAAGGAGUGCCGCAGAAGAACUUUCUGGAGACCCUGUUUAUGAACUAUUUCUCGUUUUUUAUUGGCCGUUCUAUAAUCGAUUUUAUAAAAGAUGUUUAUCAAGCUUUCCCGGGAUGCAGGUAUCACGGCAUCUACCAAUUCAACCGUGAUAUCCUCGUUAUUAAGGAUGCAGACCUAAUAAAGCAACUGCUGGUGAAGGAUUAUGAACAUUUCAACGAGCACAGAGACUUCAUUUCCGAAGAUGUAGAUCCGUUACUGGGAAAAUCCCUAUUUCUUUUAAAAGGAAACGAAUGGAGAACUAUGCGUACGGCCCUUAGUCCUGCAUUUACCAGUAGCAAGAUGAAACUACUUUUUUUGUUGAUGCUCGAAAACACUGAAAAAUGCACGAACUUUCUGUUAAAAAAGAGAGAAAAUUUGAUAGAAAUAGAAAUGAAGGAUUUUUCGAGCAGAUUUUGUAGCGAUGUCAUUGCUUCGUGCGCUUUUGGAACAGAAGUGGAUUCAUUUAAAAACCCCGACAACGAAUUUUUUCGUUACGGAAAGGAGUUUAUCGAUCUUAAAAAAUUUUCGAGAUUACUUAGAUUUCUAAUUUGUUUUCUGCUUCCAAGAGUUUCGAAAAUGUUCAAUAUAAAAGUAACAACAGAUGAAAUUAACGAUUUCUUUUCGAAUUUAAUCGAAAAUACUAUAAAACUAAGAGAAGAAAAGGGAAUCGUCAGGCCAGACAUUGUACAUUUACUAAUGGAAGCGCGCAAAGGUAACCUUACAACUGAAGAAACUGUAGAGAUUGAUACUGGAUACGCCACAGUUGAAGAACAUUUAAAAGGUUCCGUUGGUUGUCAAAUUACCAAUAAAGACAUUAUCUCGCAGGCUUUUCUAUUUUUCUUCGCCGGAUUCGAUGCAGUCUCAACAUUAAUUUGUUUUAUGGCUUACGAAUUGUGCAUUAAUGGAGACAUUCAAGACCGGUUGCGCGAAGAAAUUUCGCAAACCUCGGAAGACUGCAAUGACAAACUAAGUUACGAAGCAUUGGUAAAAAUGAGAUACUUGGAUAUGGUUGUAACAGAAGCUUUAAGGAAAUGGCCAACGCAAGUGAUGUAUGAGCGGAUCUGUAUGAAACCAUACACGAUCGAGCCGGUGCUACCGCACGAAAAACCUGUCGAUUUAGACAUAGGACAAACCAUUUUUAUACCGGUGUAUGGUGUUCAUCACGAUCCUGAAUUAUUUCCCGACCCAGAAGCCUUCGAUCCCGAACGAUUCAGCGAUGAAAACAAGAAUAACAUUAAAUCGAGUGCUUUCCAGCCGUUCGGUCUCGGCCCGAGGAAUUGCAUUGGUUCAAGAUUUGCUUUAUUGGAGACCAAAAUUUUGUUCUUUUUUCUUCUGAAGCAUUUCAAGAUUGUGCCUGUUGAAAAAACCGAAAUUCCUCUUAAACACGGAAAGAAUAUGUUUUCUCCUCUACCGACCAAUGGAUUUUGGAUGGGAUUGGAGCGUAUACAAAAAAAUUAA